AUGGAUAAUAGGACACGGGCCAUAAAACAGUCCUCAGUCCGUCAGAGAAACGGCCAAACUAAAACAUGUAUGGCCACAGGAAUCAACUGGAAUCUUGGAAAGGGGUAUCAUAGAGGCCUAGAAGAUGAAGAAGACGCAUUUUCUAUCAAUUCGUAUGCCCUAUAUAUAUCCCCUAUUAUGGCCCGGUGCCGUAACAAAAUCAAAAUCCCAGAACAAGUUCGUUCUUUGUACAGUUUUGGCGUGGAAAUUGAAUUUAUCGUCAAUUUCAAGAUCGUGAACUUUAUUGCGGCCACCUAUACGGAGAGUUUUCAUCACUCAGCGAAGGAAAAAUUACUGCGGGCAGUAUACGUGCAGAUCAUCCAAGAAAUGCGAGACAAUGGGUUCCUGGUGAAUGCUUACGUCCGAAAUCAUACCGAUGCCUCCUGCUGGACGGUCAAACCAGCACCAUCUAUAACCACGGAAGAAUUUGAUAUGACAAAAAAUGAAUGGGGUGUCUGCCCGGUCAAACUUGUGGCCCCUGUGAUGACAUAUGAGUCCCCAUCGUUUGACUUAAUCGACAGUAUUCUGAGCUUGCUGAACCAACAUUUUCAUAUUGUGACGAAUGCCUCAUGUUCGUUGAACGUACACGUAGGCAACAUUUCUGCGGAUAAGCACGCGGCAACAGUCGCGAACGAUCUGCAAAGCCUAGGGUUUUCCCGUACAGCCAUGGAGAACCUUUUGAGCUUUAUCUGGCUAUUUCAACUGCAGUUGCAAGCGAUCCACCCCCCAUCCCGGGUAUGUGAGUCCAUAUGUCUUAGUCCUUGUGCCUUGCUAUCCCAUCUGCACGUACGAACUGUGAAGGGAGCAAUUCAGGCUUGUAUCAGCAUGCAGCAACUAUGUCAACUCUGGGAUGGAGCAGUCGGAUUUCAUGAUGAUUGCCCAGGAAACCUUGCAUAUAGCAUAAGAGAUAUGGUCAUACAUACUUCUGCGGAUGGCGAACUACUUGAUUCAGGAAACCGGACCAUACGAUUUGGACAACACCGAAGUACGAUGGAUAUAUCAGAGAUCUAUCACUGGGUGAUGCUUGUCGGCCACUUGGUGGGGUUGGCCGAUAGCUGUCUCCCUUGGUGCCGGCCGCUGAGUCUAGCGGUCGGACGUGAGAGAGCACUCCCCUUCAGAACCAACGAGUAUGCGAUCGCACAGUUAUUGGUAGAGAUUGGUGCAGUAGAACAGGCUGAUUUCUAUAGUUCUAGGCUGUAUAAUCAUGAUGUUACAGACUAG